UUGGCUAUUAUGAAUAAAGUUGCUGUCAACAUUUGUGUACAGUUUUUAUGUAAACAAGCUUUUCAUUUCUCUGGGAUAAAUACACAAGAGUGUGCUUGCUGGUUCAUAUGUUAAUUGCAUCUUAGUUUUAUAAGAAGCUGCCAAACUGUUUCCAGAGUGUCUGUGCCACCUGACAUUCUCAUCGUCAAUGUAUGAUUGAUUGAUCCAAUUUCUCCACACCCAAGUCAACAUUUUAUAUCUGUCUUUUUGAUUAUAACCAUCUUAGUUGGAGCCCAGGUGGUGCCGUGGUUAAGAGCUUAGCUGCUUACCAAGAGGUCAGCAGUUCAAAUCCACCAGCUGCUCUUUGGAAAGCCUUUUGGGCAGUUGUGUUCUGUCCUAUAGGUUCGCUAUGAGUCUAAAUCAACUCAAUGGCAACGGGUUUGGUUUUUUGUUUUGUUUUGUUUUGUUUUGUUUUUUUGGUUAGUGGGUGUGAAGUGGUAGCUCAUUAUGUUUUUGAUUUGCUUUUCCGUAAUGGCAAACGAUGUUCUACAUCUUUUCAUGUGCUUAUUUGCUUCCUGUAUAUCCUUUCCAGUGAAAUGUCUUUUGACCAUGUUCUACUUGGAUUGUUUGUCUUUUACUAUUGAGUUUUGAUAGUUUCAAAAUAUAUUUCAGAUACUACUCCUUUGUCGGAUAUGUGGUUUGGAUAUUGUUUCUCCCAGUAGACUUUUUUUGACCCUCUUCUCAGGGGCUUCUGCAGAGCAAAAUUCUUUAAUAUUGAUGACGCCAGGUUUUAAUCUUUUCCUACAUGGAUCAUGCUUUUGGUGUCAAGCCUAAGAUUUCUGUGCCUACAUCUAGAUCUUGAAGAUUUUCUCCUAUUUUUUUUCUAAAAGUUUAGUAGUAGUUUGACAUUUUACGUUCAAGUCUAUGAGCCAUUUUGAGUUAAUUAUUAUAUAAGAUGUCAUGUUUAGGUUAUAGUGCAUUUUUUUUUUGGCCUAUGGAUAUUCCGUUGUUCAGCACCAUUUGUUGAAAAGGAUAUCCUUUCUUAAAUGAAUUGCUUUUGGGCUUUUGUCAGAGAUCAGUUGGGCAUAUUUGUGUGCAUCUGUUCCUGACUUCUCUGUUCUGUUCCACUGGUCUGUUUAUCCCUCCAUCAAUACCACACUGACUUGAUUAUUGUAGGUAUACAAUAAGCCUUAAUAUCAGGAAGACUGAUACUUGGCACUUUAUUCUUGGUCAGGAUCGUUUUAGCUAUUUUAGGACUGGUACUUUUUCAUAUAGAGGAACCCUGGUGGUACAGCGGUUAAAGUGUUUCACUGCUCACUGAAGGUGGGCAGUUUGAACUCACCAGCCACUCCAUGGAAGAAAGAUGUGGCAGCCUGCUUCCAUAAAGAUUUAUAGCCUUGGAAAGUCGCUGGGGAGUUCUUUUCCUAUAAAUUUCAGAAUAAGCUUAUCUAUGUCUACAAGAAACUUUUUUUGUGAUUUUAUGGUAGGAAUUACAUUAAACCUAUGUGUCAAAUUGAGAAUCAACAUCUUUACUACGUUGACUUCUAAUCCAUGAGCACUGUAUGAUUCUCCAUUUAUUUAGGUCUUCUUUGAUUUAGUUUAUCAGUUUUUUAAAUUAAAAAAAAAUUUCCAGCAUACAGAUCCUCUACAUGUCUUGUUAAAAGUAUGCCUAAGCAUUUCAUUUUCAUCUGAGUGAUUAUAAAUAGUAUGUCAUUUUUAAUGUCGGUUUCCACAUGUUCAUUGUUGGUAUGCAGGAACGCCAGCGAUGAUUGUGUUUUAAUAUUGUAUCCUGUGAUCUUAUGGAACUUAUUUAUUUGUUCUAGGAGUUUUUAGUAAUUUUUUGGAAUUUUCUCCAUAGACAGUCACAUUAUCUGCAAUGCCUUGUAUUUCUUUCUCAUAUUAUUGCAGUGGUUCAGGCUUGGAGUACUCGCCUUGUUCCCACAAUCAUAGCAGUUACUCACCCAGUCUUUCAACAUUACAUAUGCUGUUAUCUGUAUUAUUUUUAUGUUCUUCAUCAAGUUGGUAUAAUUCCCUCUAUUCCUAACUUGCUGAGAGAUUUUAUCAUGAAUCAAUGUGGAAUUUUGUGAAAUGCUUUUUUUGCACAAAUUAAUAUGAGCAUAUUUUUCUUCGUUGGCUUGUUAAUAUACCAGUUUACAUUGAUUGAUUUUUAAAUAUUGAACCAGCCUUAUAUUUCUGCAAUAAAUCCCACUUGACCGUGGCAUAUAAUUCUUCUUACAAAUUUUGUUUUCGUUUUGCCAGUAUUUUGUUGAUCUAAGUUAAAGUGAGAUAUUGGUCUGUCGUUUUCUUUUUUGGUACUGUCUUUGUCUGGUUUUGCAGUAUGGGUGAUUCUAUAUACCGUGGACUGCCAAAAGAACAAAGAAAUCUGCCUUGGAAGAAGCACAUCCAGAAUGCUCUUUGGAAGCCAGGAUGGCAAGACUUUGUCUCACAAAGUUUGGAUGUGUAAUCAGGAGGGAUCAGUCCCUGGAGGAGGAUUUCAUGCUUGGUAAAGUAGAGGGUCAGCGAAAAAGAGGAAGACCCUCAAGGAGAUGGAUUGACACGGUGACUGCAGCAAUGGGCUCAAGCAUAACAACCAUCACGAGGAUAGUACAGGGCCAAAAGUUUUUUCAUUCUGUUGUAUGUAGAAUUGCUGUGAGUCGGAACCAGCUGGAUGGCUCCUAACAACAACAGCAACAACAAGGAGUCUCUGGGUGUUGCAAAUGGUUGAUGCAUUCACCUGCUUACCGGAUAUUGUCAGAGGGACUCCAUUUGGUUCGGGGGAGAAUGAGCCUUCCUGGGCUGCCAUCUAUUUCUAGUUUGGGGUUGGGAAAUACUCGACCUGGGUCACCGUUUUUUGGGCGCUGUUGUAUCGUUCCUCCAGUCCUGGAGUUCCAAUCCAGGUUGUCUAAUUCUUACCACUUUUCAGAGUUCCCUUUUUGUUGUCUCUCAUGUUAUUCCCCGGGUUUGUACUUGUGCUCAGUUGGAAAGAGUAGGGAGAAACGGUUCUAUACCAUUUGUCCAGGACAGACCAGAAAUAUUUUGUUCCUGUAUUUUUUUAAUUCCAUCGUUAUUGAAUAUUCUCUCCAUUCCUGUGGUUUUCUUGCUCUGGGAUACAGACGACUGAUUCUUGCGUUUAUUUCGAGAGGAUUAAGUCUCAAAAACGACAGUGGAAAUGAUCAGCCCGUGUUUCCUUAUGAGUUAGAAAUACAAGCACCAGGAGGCAAAGUAUCAAGAAAAGCCAGAGUGAAAGUUCCCCAGAAAAUAACAGGCACAGAAAAUCGUGGUGGUACACACAGGGUAAGGAAACGGCAUCAAAAUUUUCCAGGGAAGAAAAGAAAGAAACAUUCAACAUGUAAACAAGAGCUGCCAAAAUGUAUGGAUCUUCAUAGGAAAGACCACACAGGGGAGAAACCUUUCAAAUGUCAGGAAUGUGGGAAAAGCUUUAGAGUGAGUUCUGACCUUAUUAAACACCAGAGAAUUCACACUGAAGAGAAACCCUACAAAUGUCAACAAUGUGAUAGGAGAUUUAGAUGGAGUUCAGAUCUUAAUAAACAUCUAAUGACACACCAAGGAAUAAAACCCCAUAAAUGUUCGUGGUGUGGGAAAAGCUUCAGUCAUAACACAAAUCUCCACACACACCAAAGAAUCCACACAGGAGAGAAACCCUUUAAAUGUCAUGAAUGUGGAAAAAGAUUCAUUCAGAACUCCCAUCUUAUUAAACACCAGAGAACCCACACAGGUGAGCAGCCCUAUACUUGUAUCAUAUGCAAGAGAAACUUUAGCAGGCGGUCAAGCCUUCUUAGACACCAGAAACUCCACAGGGCAAGGGAAGUUGGUCCUGUGUCCCCAGUCUGAAUGAAGUCACUAUAUUGAGCCUGACCCUAGAGAGCGUAAAAGAACAUAAAAUCAUAAAUCACCAAUGAUAGGAAUCUCAUCAAUGAGAAAUUUGGGAGGUGCCCAUGCCAUGCUUCACAGAAAGGAAUACACGUUGCCUGUCUUGUCCAGUGUUAUAUCUUCAGUGCCUAGCACAAAUUGACAUAUAGGGAGUACCUUAUCAAUAAAAUAAUGAAAAUAUAUCAAGUGUAUCUAUUUAUCAUCGCCAUCUAUCCAUCUACCUGGGUUCCUUGGAUCUUUCUCAGACUCAGUGACCUACUGUCUUCAGGUAUCAGGCACUUGGCAAAUAUAUGAUGGUCCCGAGUCCUGGUCUCAUUCUUUACUGGUAGAGAUGGAAGAGAAAUAUAUAGUUCCCCAAAAAGAGAAAAUUACUUAGUUGGGAGUGCUUUUAUGGCUAUUGUUCUAUGUGGAGGAACAUCCAAGCCCAGUGUGUGGGGAGCUUUACCCUGGUACGGAAAGAGAGGAUUUAAUGUGUGCUCCAGGAGAAACACCUCCAUUCUAGUUGCUACUCCCCUCAGAAGCCACUGCCACAAUGUCAUCUGUCCAGCAAUUCUAAGCAGCAAGGGCCUGAAUGCCAACACAGACCUUUGGGCCUUGCAAGCACAAAACAUCUGUCCUCUUGCUGGUCCUCUCAACACUGGCAAAGCCUUCCUCUAGAAGGGGCCUUUAAA